AUGCCCGAGUACGACUACGACGUGGUCAUCGUCGGCGCCGGCAUCUCCGGCAUCAACGCCGCGUACCGCAUCCAGUCGGCCUUCCCGUCCUACCGGUACUGCGUGCUCGAGGCGCGCGACACCCUCGGCGGCACCUGGGACUUCUUCCGGUACCCCGGCAUCCGGUCCGACUCGGACCUCUUCACCUUUGGCUUCCAGUGGCACCCGUGGCGCAGGGACAACCCCAUCGCCGAGGGCGGCGCCAUCCUCGAGUACCUGCACGACGCGGCGGGCGCGCACGGCAUCGACGCCCACAUCCGCUUCGGGCACCGGCUCGAGCACGCAUCAUGGAGCAGCCGCGACCAGCUGUGGACGCUGGCCGUCAACUCAGCGGCUAGCGGCGGCGACAGCGACAGCGGCAGCAGCAGCAGCAGCAGCACCCGCCACUCCCUCUCGGCGCGCUUCGUCAUCCUCGGCACCGGCUACUACGACUACAAGACGCCGCUGCAGGCCGCCAUCCCCGGCAUCGGCGACUUCCGCGGCACCCUCGUGCACCCGCAGUUCUGGCCCGAGGACCUCGACUACGCCGGCAAAAAGGUCGUCGUCAUCGGCUCCGGCGCCACCGCCGUCACCCUCGUCCCCAAGCUGGCCGAGCGCGCCCGCCUGGCCACCAUGCUGCAGCGCAGCCCGACCUACAUCGUCGACGUGCCCAACAAGCCCGGCAAGGCGCUGGUCGACUACGUGCUGCCCAGCCCGGCCGCCCUGCAGGUGAAGCGCCUGCGCUGGAUGCUCACCUUCCAUCUCGUCUUCGUCAUCUGCCGCGCGCUGCCCGCCCUCAUGCGCUGGGUCUUCCGCCUGCGCACCACGCGCCUGCUGCCCCGGCACACGCCCUUCGACCCGCACUUCAAGCCGCGCUACAACCCGUGGGAGCAGCGCCUGUGCGUCUGCCCCGACGGCGACUUCUACAAGGCCCUGCACACGGGGCGCGCCGACGUCGUCACCGACACCAUCGCCGCCGUCACCGCCUCGGGCAUCCAGCUCGCCUCGGGCCGCUUCCUCGACGCCGACAUCAUCGUCACCGCCACCGGGCUCAAGAUGGCCCUCGGCGGCGGCGCCUCCCUCGACGUCGACGGCCGGCCCCUCGUCUUCUCCGAAAAGUUCCUCUGGAAGGGGUCCAUGCUGCAGGACGUGCCCAACCUGGCCUACGUCAUCGGCUACACGCACGCCUCGUGGACCCUGGCCGCCGACGUGACCGCCAUGCUCAUCGUCCGCCUGCUCACCGCCAUGCGCGACCAGCACUGCGCCGCCGUGGUGCCCAGGCUGCCCGCCGGCGAGGACUUGCCCGAGUCGCGCGUCAUGAACCUCAGCUCGACCUACAUUACCGCUGCCGCGGGCUUGCUGCCCAAGACUUCGACGCAGGGGCCCUGGAAGCCGCGCACCAACUACUUUGUCGAUCGCUGGAACGCAACGCGCGGGAAUUUGGAGGCCUUGGAGUGGAUUCAGAGCAACAAGGAUGGAAAUGGAAUCGCAAACGGAAAUGGAAUUGCAAACGGAAAUGGAAUUGCAAACGGAAAUGGAAAAGCGUAG